AGGCCAGCUUUGCUUGGGUGCUGCUUCCGGAACGCGUAGGCCUUUCUUGGGGUACCGGCCGCGAACUUUCUCCUCUCUCCGAAGCGUCCGACAUCCCUAUAUGACCCCCGACGCCAUUUACCGGCCGUAUCCCCCCGUUCCUUCCACCCCUUCCUGCGCCGCGCCCCGACAUCUACUCAACACCCGCUGUGGCGGCCAUGUCUGAGUCAGGCCACAGUCAGCCGGGGCUCUACGGGAUCGAGCGGAGGCGACGAUGGAAGGAUCCUAGCCCUGGCGGGCCCCAGAACCUCUCUGGACCUGGUGGUCGGGAAAGGGACUACCUUGCGCCUUGGGAGAGGGAGAGACGGGAUGGCAGCGAGGAAACAGGGACGGCAGUCAUGCAGAAAACCCCCAUCAUCCUCUCCAAGCCUCCAGCCGAGCGGGUGAGCCAGGGAGUGCCCUCUGAGGGGGGGAGGCUUAGGGCAUGAACACCCCCNGCUCCCGCCCCCUUGGAGAAGCCCAUCGUCCUCAUGAAGCCCCGGGAGGAGGGGAAGGGUCCUGUGGCCUCGACAGGCGCCUCGACCCCUGAGGGUACUGCCCCGCCGCCCCCGGCAGCCCCUGCCCCACCGAAGGGAGAGAAGGAGGGGCAGCGUCCCACGCAGCCCGUGUACCAGAUCCAGAACCGGGGCAUGGGCACUGCCGCACCGGCCGCCAUGGACCCCGUCGUGGGCCAGGCCAAGCUGCUGCCCCCGGAGCGCAUGAAGCACAGCAUCAAGCUGGUGGACGACCAGAUGAACUGGUGCGACAGCGCCAUCGAGUACCUGCUGGAUCAGACCGACGUGUUGGUGGUUGGCGUCCUGGGCCUCCAGGGGACAGGCAAGUCCAUGGUCAUGUCGCUGCUGUCAGCCAACACCCCAGAGGAGGACCAAAGGGCCUAUGUGUUCCGGGCCCAGAGCGCGGAGAUGAAAGAGCGAGGGGGCAACCAGACCAGUGGCAUCGACUUCUUCAUCACGCAGGAGCGGAUCGUUUUCCUGGACACACAGCCCAUCCUCAGCCCCUCCAUCCUGGACCACCUCAUCAACAACGAUCGCAAGCUGCCUCCAGAGUACAACCUCCCACACACCUACGUGGAGAUGCAGUCCCUGCAGAUCGCUGCCUUCCUCUUCACCGUGUGCCACGUGGUGAUUGUCGUCCAGGACUGGUUCACAGACCUCAGUCUAUACAGGUUCCUGCAGACCGCCGAGAUGGUGAAGCCCUCCACCCCAUCCCCCAGCCAUGAGUCCAGCAGCUCCACCGGCUCCGAGGAAGGCACCGAGUACUACCCCCACUUGGUCUUCCUGCAGAACAAAGCCCGCCGUGAGGACUUCUGUCCCCGAAAGCUGCGACAGAUGCAUCUGAUGAUUGACCAACUCAUGGCCCACUCCCACCUGCGCUACAAGGGUACUCUGUCCAUGCUGCAGUGCAACAUCUUCCCGGGGCUUCCACCCGACUUCCUGGACUCCGAGGUCAACCUGUUCCUCAUGCCCUUCAUGGACAGCGACGCCGAGAGCGAGACCCCCCCACGGGCAGGGCCUGGUUCCAGCCCGCUCUUCUCCCUGCUGCCCGGCUACCGGGGCCACCCCAGUUUCCAGUCCCUGGUGAGCAAGCUCCGGAGCCAGGUGAUGUCCAUGGCCCGGCCCCAGCUGUCCCACACGAUCCUCACUGAGAAGAACUGGUUCCAUUAUGCCGCCCGGAUCUGGGACGGGGUGCGAAAGUCCUCCGCGCUCGCAGAGUACAGCCGUCUGCUGGCCUGAGCCCAGGUGGAGUGGACCCAGGGGUCCCCGGUGAUGGUGAAGGAGCGCAUGUGUCCUCCCUCUGGCUGGCGGAGAGUGUGAGCAGGUCUGAGGGACCAGAGGGUUGUGAUGUCCUCAGCUGGAGACAGGAGAUGCCGAGGGCCAGGCCCACAUCCGAGGGAGGUGGUUCCCAUGGAGACUUUGAGGGUCUCCCCCAGGCUGCUAUGGGGCAGCCCCUCCCAGGACAGGCAGAGGAGCAGCCCCUCCUCCGAGACGCUAAGGAAGGCAGGGGGAGGCAGGGCUGGGGGCUCUGUUGGGGCCCAUCCGGUGGUUCAAAUAAAAGCUGUCACACAGGCCUA